AUGGAAAGGGUUAAUCAGUUCAUCAAGUUCUAUCUACGCUCCUAUGUUGCUGCUGAUUAUUCUGACUGGUCCAUGUGGUUACCAUUGGCAGAAUACGCAUAUAACAAUGCCAAGCAUGCUGCCACAGGAAAAACACCCUUUGAGCUUGUCUAUGGACAAAAUCCAGUUAUGAAUCUGUCAAAUGUCCCAGCCAAUGUACCAGAAGCAGAUGCCCUAGCAGAUACCCUAGCCCAAGAAUGGAAAGAAGCCAAGGCAGCCCUCAGGAUGAGCAAGGAGAAAAUGAUCCAGAACCAAGGAUCUACUCUGGAGUAUUCAGGUUAUUAUCCAGGGUCCAAAUCUCCUAGUCAGCCAUUUCCAGAACAACCCCCUCCUGAAACAAUAGAAGGGGAAGAAGAGUACAAAGUGGAGCAGAUCAUUGACUCCAAAAGACAACAAGGGAACCAAGAUGAGAUAAAGCGCUUCAAUCAGGCUAGACUCAAAAAGGCUUGUGAUGCUGCCAAGAGCCUUUAA